AUGUCCACCAUGACGAUGCCGGCCGAAACAAAUAUGCGCGAUCAAGAGUCGGAGAGCAGCUGGUAUGGAUACGAUCUGGAGCUCCGAACACCUCCCCCAAUGUCGAGCGGUGAUAGCAUGAGCAGCAACGGUAACGGCGUACUGAAUGGGAACGGCGUGAAUGGACACCAUGGCGUGAACGGCAACUCGCGAAAGCGAUCAUAUGAAGAGUCGGCGACACCUGUGCAGGAAGUACGAGAGCCUCUAUGGGACGACAGCGACUUAGAGCUACUGAACGAAAUUGGCGUAAAUGUCACCCCCAGCAUGGGCUUCAUCACGCCGGAAUUUUCGCAGAAUGGUGAUGGUAGUAUCAGUCUCGGAUCGGAUGACAUGGCAGGUUUACAGCGAACGAAAAUGCAGACUGGAUGUAUUCCGUGCCUCAUACAAGGACUCAAAUGCGACCCAAGCAAUCCUGGCUGUAAAAGGGCCAUGUCGGACGAUUGGGCACUCAAUGCAGGUAUUCGUCGCGGAGACGACGAGGAUGGCUCAUUCUACCCUACAACAGAAUCUGGCAGCUUGACCAUAUUCAGGCCUGACAUGAAAUGGCGACGCAGCUGGCGUGAACGCCAUUGUCUCAACUUCUUCGUCAACUUCAGCGCGCCACAAAUGGCUGGUUUCUUCGACUCGGCGUUUUGGCAGCGCAUGGUCAUCCAGACUUCGUACCACGAGCCUGCUAUCCGACAUGCUAUCACAGCUAUUGGCGCUCUUCACGAGUGCAUCAUGCAACGCGCAUUCGCUGACGACAAGCAGAAGGCCAAAGCUAUGGAAUUUGCCUUGAAUCAAUGCAACAAGGCGAUAUCAUGUCUCACGAAUGACGAAGCAGAUUACGAUCCGAACAGGCGGAGGAUACCUAGCUCGCGACUGGCACUGACCACUUGCGUACUCUUUACGUGCUUCGAAGCGAUGCAAGGGCGAUGCGACAGUGCAGUCAAUCAUGCACUUCAAGGACGACGUCUCUUACAGGCUACUGGGCGGCCGAACCCCAUCACGAUGGCGCCGCCGGAAGAGGACGAUAUCGAGCAAAUGCGACCGCUAGUAGAGCGACUGGAGGUGCAAGCCACUGCGCUGCUGGACAAGGGCAGGCGGCCUGAGAUUGAUACAUCAGGCCAAACGCCUCCCCUACCACCUAUCGACUACAUUUUCAGCCUGGAACAUGCGCACAACACGCUGCACACCGCGCUGAACAGUGUGAUGCGUUUCAUGCAAGGCUUCCACCCUACCGCACCUCGAGACCACAUCGCUAUCACGAUGGCCGAGAAGUACCUCAGAUAUGCUCCUUGGUUCUCGCAGUGGGAGGCUGCCUUUACUGCUUUUCUCUCGGAGCAGCGAGACUUCAUGACAAACAUGGAUCUCAAGCGUGCUAUGGUGCUCAAGGCGAACCACCUUGUUGGCACUAUGCUUGCAUCGGUUGAUCAGUCUGCCGGACCCGUUGCCUACGACGCAUACGAGGCCGAAUUCCGAGCAAUCGUUGAUCUUGCCAGGGAAGUCCUCGCAUCCUUUUCAUGCCCACCGCUGCCGACACUGUCGGGACCGAACUCUGGCACACCGUACCUCUCGUUCUCCUUGUGGGUCACAGAUCCGUUGUGGAUGGCCAUUUCGAGAUGUCGCAACCCAACUAUCCGACAAUCUGCAUUCACUUUGCUUUCGCGCAAUCCUCGACAGGAAGGAAUUUGGCAUGCUGGGCCGCAGCUUCCAAACUCGACUCAGUACAUGCGACGAGUCGAGUCGAACACCAACGGCAACAAAGAUGUAAGAAAGGAGCAGCAACCCCAGCAGCCCCAGCAAACCCCAGAAAACGGGCUAAAGUGUUUCAGUCACGAAAAUGAGCAGCCUCCAAGCCCUCCACCAUCCUCGCCCGGGAAGAUCAGCCGCAAAGGUGAUUGGGUUGAUUUGCGGAAUCAAAUAAGUGGUUGGACUGAAGAGGAGACGAACCAGACAGCUUGGCUAGAACGCGGUGGCAGACAAAAGCCUACCCAACCUUACCAAUCAUUCUGCAAAGGUGGUUGCGCCAUUCCAACACUCGCAGAGAUCCGAGAAGAACGUGCCGACCCCGGCGACCCAGUCCUUAUUGAAGAUGAGCUCGACGACAACGAGCAGCUGUCAGAAAACGAGACGUCGCUGCACUGUCGCUCGUGCGGUUACCCCUCGCCUGCCAAUGGUAGCGCUGAUGGCAUGGAUCAACAGCGCUAUACGCCCUCGUUCUCCGUGUCACCGCAGCUGUCACAGGACGUGGAUAUGUUUGCUGCGCCAGUGUCCGCCGCGUAUGGGGUGGCACAGUCGCUCGGGUAA